CUUGCCUCUUAUUUGUGUCUUUGUUCUCACUCUUGGAUAUUCUAUUUUGAUUGAAUCUCUGAAUUUUCUGUAAUUUUGUUGACAUCCCGGUUCUCUAAAUCGUAAAUCUUCUAAAUUGUUAGCAAUGUUUUUUUCUCUUUUGCAGAUUCACAUAGUCCCUUUUGAACCUUCUUUUGUUUUCUUCAAGAAUUGCAUAUUAGUGACUGAAAUUUAAUUUCUCUAGUUUUUUGAAAUAUAAACCGUAAUUGGUGUUUAUGAAGCUCGUCCAAAAUUAAGAAACUUUGCUAUGGCUAGAAUUUGGAUAAUCAAGUUCUGUGUUGUUGAAAUUAGAGCCGCUAUAGUUUCAUAUUUGGCUAGAAUUCGGAUAAUGUAUACAUAAAAAAAGGAACUGGGGAGUGUAUUGUUGGAUGGAGUUAGCAGCUUGUAUUAGCCAUUGCUAUGCCUUCUCUGUACGGCCGUCCACUUCUACUUCUAGAAACUUCUCUCCUCUUCCGCCACUCUCGCUUAUCCAAUAUCCAAUUCAACGACAAUGUCAACUGCACCUCGCCGGGGCUAAUUCCGUAGGUUCUCUCUUAUCUCUGAAUGGUGUGAGGUUGCGACAGUCAUGUCUUGCCGCUGUAAUGGGUGAUACAACUGCAGUGCCAAAUGGUGCUGUUAACGAGCAAAUUCCCUCUGUGAAGCUGUCUGAUUCAGUUACUAGUCAAGAAACUGAUAUGGAAAAUGGAGAAGACAGGAAAGAUCCUUCUGAAGGGUUGGAUGAGAAUAAAAUGAUCAGAGUAUGCGACAAGUUAGUUGAUGUCUUCUUGGUUGACAAGCCCAAUCCUACCGAUUGGAGAAGAUUACUAGCAUUUAGUAAAGAAUGGAACAAUAUCCGGCCCCACUUCUAUAACCGGUGUCAAAAUCGAGCAGAAAGUGAGAGUGAUCUUGGAAUGAAGCACAAGCUACUCAGGCUUCAACGAAAGAUGAGAGAGGUUGAUAAUGAUGUUCAGAGGCAUAACGAACUUCUUGAGGUAAUCAGACGGUCACCAUCCGAGGUUGGUGAUAUUGUUGCCAGGCGUCGUAAAGAUUUUACAAAAGAGUUUUUUGCUCAUCUUCACACUGUAGCAGAAUCCUAUUAUGAUGAUCCAUCGGAACAGAAUGCUGUGGCAAAACUAGGGAAUACGUGUUUGGCAGCUGUGCAAGCUUAUGAUACGGCAACUGAAAGUAUAGAAGCGUUAAAUGCUGCAGAGUUGAAAUUCCAAGAUAUAAUAAAUUCUCCAUCAGUGGAUGUGGCUUGCAAGAAAAUAGAUGAUCUAGCCCAGAAAAAUCAACUUGAUUCAGCACUGGUGCUCAUGAUAACGAAAGCAUGGUCAGCAGCCAAGGAGUCGGACAUGACAAAAGACGAGGCAAGAUCAUGCUUUUCUUCAGAUACACAUCCAUAUGCCACUUCUUGCAAUAAUUUUUCUCUGUCUUAGCAUUAACUUAAUUAAGAAGAGAGAUGCUUACCGAAGUGAUAGUAUUCAAAAUGACACAAUUUUUAGUGAUAUCCAAACAAUAUUUUUUUGGGAGCUACUUGAGAUUUUGUUGGAAAAUUUUCUUCUCAAUUCUGAAGUGUCCUUGGCUCUCCACUGGUGAGGCUAUAGAAACAAAGAAGUUCGGGGCAAAGGUGAAAAAAUAUUUAUGACUAUUGAUAUGAAUGAUGGGAGUUUAUCUCAUUAUUUAAUACAAUAGUGCUACAGAUGAUGAUUAGCAAAUGUUGCAUGAUUUUGCUAAAGAAUGUGAACGUUAGUAACCUAGUGCCACAAGCUAAGGUUAUCGUAUCUGGAAUUGGUACGGUGGAAUAGUGAUUGCUAUUCUCCACGUUGACUAAAAUGCUUAUGUCCAUUUUAAACUCUUAAGAUAGUGCAUAGGUAGUAGCUUCUGUGAGCUCAUGCACCAAGCUGCUUUACUCUUGUGACCUAGCUUAUAUCAUCUUGCAUUUGAAGAGAACUUAUUGUUGGAAUGCCUUUAUGUUGAAGUUACUAUUGGAAUUUUACAGGUAGCAUAGCAGAGUCUGCAUCUUAGAUGUGGUAGAUUAAUGUCUUAGGAUUUCAGGAUAGAUAGACCUAGCUGUAGCUGUAAAAGAUAAUAUUCAUUUGGCUGUUCUUAUCCAAGUUACAUGACUUCGCUUUUCAAUCUCUAUUGUUUUUAUGGAACUUUCACAAGGCCAGAUGCCAUUUCUAUACAAGUUUGAUAUUUCAGCACAGGUUGGCUACUCCCCCUCCCCCCCUCGCAAUGUGGAAUUCAUUUUUCUAACAUGCAAAUGGUUAGGCUUGUCAA